UGCUCCUGCGCGCUGUCACGCUUUUACUACCAACGGGCAGAAGGAAUUCACGGGAGGAAGUUACUGAGAUUGGGACACGAACGACAAUCACCACACGGUGCCAAAAAAAAGACAGAGAAACUAAGCCGAGGAGGGAGAGAGAAGCGAAAACAGCGACAAUCCCUCACGGGGAACCGUAGAAUACACCAAAGUCUGGAGUAUGGACUAGAGGCGCCGGGUCUCAGCAGAUGGAGGCGGCGAGAAGUUUGCUGUUUGUCGGGGCCGUGCUGCUCGGAGUGACGGGCGCGUUGGGAAGAGAAGUCUGCCUGGGUACAGACAUGAAGCUGGCCCUGCCCUCCAGCCUGGAAAACCACUACGAGACCCUGAGGCUGCUCUACACUGGCUGCCAGGUUGUCCACGGCAACCUAGAGAUUACACACCUCCAUGGAAACCCUGACCUCUCCUUCCUACAGGGGAUCGUGGAGGUGCAGGGUUAUGUACUUGUUGCCCAUGUUUCAGUGAGCCUGGUGCCUUUAGACAACCUCCGCAUCAUAAGAGGCAGCCAGCUGUACAACUCCAGCUAUGCGCUGGCUGUACUGGAUAACACUGUGGCCAACCAGGGGCUCAGGACGCUCCGACUCCGUAAACUUACAGAGAUCCUGUUUGGUGGGGUGUAUUUUUGGGGGAACUCCCAUCUUUGCUUCCCGGACCCUCAGAACAUCAUUUGGAGGGACACUGUGGACGAGCAGAACCGCCACGCCAAGCAGCUCCGACUGCAGCCUCGAGCCCCAAACUGUCCAAAUUGUGCCUCUGAAUGUGGGAAAAGCUGCUGGGGAGAAACUGCACAGGACUGCCAAACUCGGACACGAAUUGAUUGUGCAUCCGGCUGUCAGCGAUGUAAAGGUCCUCUUCCCAAUGACUGCUGUCACAUGCAGUGUGCUGCUGGAUGCACAGGACCCAAAGACUCAGACUGUCUGGUGUGUCGUCACUUCAACAACAGCGGUGUGUGUAUAAGGGACUGUCCUCCCCCCACCAUCUAUGACCCCGUCACCUUUCAGACCAAACCCAACCCAAACAAAAAAUUCACCUUUGGAGCCACCUGUGUCAAGACAUGUCCAUAUAACUAUCUGGCUAUGGAAGUGGCCUGUACUUUGGUUUGUCCACGAGCCAACCAGGAAGUUAUCAUCACCCAUCCUGAUGGACUGGAGACGCAGAAAUGUGAAACCUGUCACGGAGACUGUCCCAAAGUGUGUUAUGGUCUGGGUAUGGACAACCUCGGUGUCAUGGGCAGCCAAGGUGCCACCAUGGUAACAUCUUCCAAUGUGGAGCAGUUCAACAAGUGCAAGAAGAUUUUUGGUAGUCUGGCCUUCCACCCUCAGAGCUUUGCAAGGGACCCAGUGACCAACAAAUCAGGCCUGACCCUGGAGCAGCUAAGUGCCUUCAAGAAACUGGAGGAGAUUACAGGUUACUUGUACAUCGAUGCCUGGCCAGAAGAGUGGACUGACCUUAGUGUUUUUGAGAACCUGAGGGUGAUCAGAGGCAGGAUGCUUUACAAGGGUGUGUUUUCACUGGCCGUCCAGAACCUACACAUCCGUUCUCUUGGGUUGCGUUCACUACGCAGCGUCAGUGGAGGUUUGGUCUUGAUGUACAACAACUCUCAGUUGUGUUACACCAGUUCUCUGCCCUGGAACACUCUCCUCCAUCCCACCCAGGGACCCCACCGAAUCGUCAGACAGAACCAGGACCCCCAAGUGUGUGAGACGGAGGGGCAGGUUUGUCACCCGCUGUGUGAGGGGGGUUGUUGGGGUCCGGGGCCCAGCCAGUGUGUGUCCUGCAAAACCUUCAGACGUGGCACUGAGUGUGUGGAGCAGUGUGACAUCUAUCAGGGGUCCGUGCGGGAAUACACAGACGGAUCUGAGUGCAAUGCGUGUCAUCCAGAGUGUCGACCUAUCAAUGGCUCUGCCUCCUGCCAAGGCCCGGGUGCAGAUAAUUGCACAGAAUGUCUGAACUUCCAGGAUGGUGAGUUUUGCGUGGCGAGUUGUCCCAGCGGCGUGAAGGAGGAUCAGCAAGCUGUGUGGAAGUACAGCAAUGCUACCGGACACUGUCUGCCAUGCAACACCAACUGUACACUGCCCUGCACUUUCUUGGAUGAGAAAGGCUGCCCCAUCGACAACAGGGCAGGGCCCGGUACGACCAUCGCAGCUGCAGUGGGUGGAGUGGUGCUCUUCUUCAUCCUGCUGGCAUUGCUGGUCUUUUACCUGAGGAGACAGAAUAAGCUGAAGAGGAAGGAGACGCUGAGGAGGAUCCUGCAGGAGCACGAGCUGGUGGAGCCUUUAACACCAAGUGGUGCGUCACCUAAUCAAGCUCAGAUGCGCAUCUUGAAGGAGACCGAGUUGAAAAAACUCAGGGUGCUCGGUGCAGGAGCCUUUGGUACUGUCUAUAAGGGAGUGUGGGCUCCUGAAGGGGAAAGUGUGAAAAUACCCGUAGCCAUUAAGGUGUUGCGAGAAAACACCUCCCCAAAGGCCAAUAAAGAAAUCCUUGACGAGGCCUAUGUGAUGGCGGGGGUUGCCAGCCCGUACGUUUGCCGGCUCUUAGGGAUUUGUUUGACCUCCACAGUGCAGCUGGUCACUCAGCUGAUGCCGUACGGCUGCCUUCUCGACUACGUCAGGGAGAACAAGGACCGCAUUGGUUCCCAGUUCCUCCUCAACUGGUGUGUCCAGAUUGCCAAGGGGAUGAGUUAUUUGGAGGAGGUACGGUUGGUUCACAGAGAUCUGGCUGCUCGAAAUGUUCUGGUGAAGAACCCCAAUCACGUGAAGAUCACUGACUUUGGUCUGGCCCGUUUGCUCGAUAUAGACGAGACCGAGUAUCACGCUGAUGGAGGGAAGGUCCCAAUUAAAUGGAUGGCCCUGGAGUCUAUUCUGCACAGGAAGUUCACUCAUCAGAGUGACGUCUGGAGCUACGGAGUGACAGUUUGGGAGCUGAUGACGUACGGUUCGAAGCCCUAUGACACAAUCCCAGCAAGGGAGAUCCCAGAUGUUUUAGAGGGCGGAGAGCGGCUUCCUCAGCCCCUCAUCUGCACCAUCGAGGUCUACAUGAUCAUGGUCAAAUGUUGGAUGAUCGAUCCAGAAAGCAGGCCCAAGUUCAAAGAUCUGAUCAUCGAGUUUAGUGCCAUGGCCAGAGACCCACCUCGCUAUGUAGUCAUUCAGAACGAUGAGGACAUGAGCAAGUGCAGCCCAGUGGACAGCAGGUUUUACCGGAUGCUUCUGGAGGAGGGCGACAACGUGGGGGAAAUGAUGGACGCCGAGGAGUAUCUGGUGCCGCAGCCGAACCUCUUCACCAGAAAUAAGGGAGACGAACCGCAGGCCAAUGGACCGUCCAGACACCAGUCAUACAGGCAGAGCAGAGAUCAGGGCUUAGAUGUUGAGCCCUCCAUCGCCGGUGGUCCUCGGAGCAUGUACUCGUCCCUGAGCACUCUGGGUCGCAGCCAGUACCCGACCUUACCGUUAGGAGCCAGCACCUCUAACGGUCUGUGGCCUCAGUACCCGACGCUGGCUCGCAGCCCCUCAGCUGGAGGCCAGUCUGACUCGGUCUUCCUGGAUGGGCCUCCAGACGACCACUCGUUGCCCCCAGCCAGCCCUGGACGCUACUGCGAAGACCCCACCAACCCCAACGGCAGCCAGGGAGACCUCGAGACCGAUGGGCCCAACGGCUUUCUCCAUCCUCAUCACCUUCAUCACUCACUGCCCAGGAGGAGUCAUGGCCACAAUCACAAUCAUACCUUGCCAGAGUACAUCAACCAGGAGAUUAAGGAUCUCAGACCAGGGAUCUAUGAGCGACCGAGCACGCUGCCUCGUAAAGGCUCCAGAGUGGACCGACGCCUCCCUAACGGACUGAGCUCUGGUCACAGCGUGGAAAAUCCCGGCUACUUGGUCCCUGUGAGCUCCUCGAGCUCCACCUCUCCUGCUUUUGACAACCCGUACUACCUGGACCUUGUGGCCAAAGUGGCACCAGGAGCUGCAGUGGUGGACGGUGCUGCAGCACUGGAGAGCGACGGAGUUAACAGGCAUGUGAACGGAUUUUUGACCCCUACUGCAGAAAAUCCGGAGUAUCUUGGACUAGCAGACACCUGGAGUGGUCACACCUGAGGAGAGGGACUGGGAACUGAAAUGAAAUCGCAGAGGGAAAUGAGAGAAAGGGAAGACAGAUAUCUAUGUGACAGAAAUGAACAGGGUGUGUGCUUGAAACUGGUUGUAGUAAAGGCACGUGAGACAGAACUUUCUCUCGAUACCGACAAAAGCAGUCUGUCUAUCAGAAGUCACCAUAUCACCCAGUUGUGACACAUAUUGACUCAGCACAGUGUAGCAAUAAUGUGGUGUCUAUGGCAUCAUUUGUAUUCAUGUCUUCCUGUCAUCAAUCUGUGACUGUUAAGUGCCAAAAAGAGGUUCACUCGGCCUCUGUAAAUAACUCAAUAUGCAAAGUUCACAUUAGUCAAAAACCCGUCAUGGUACGAGAAGAAUCAGAUCGUCACAGAAUCACCCGACUGGAUUCAUGAAUGCUGAUUUUUUUAAGGACAUUUUCUUUUAAUUUGUUCAGUUUCUGUGGUUGUUUCCACUACUUGUGAAUCAUUCAUUUUAUUUCCUUCAGUUCCCUCAGCUGAGCAGUGAAAAAUCCACAUAGAACUCUGACAAAGUGAGCCAUGAUAUGCAUUGAAGAUAAUGUUUAGUAUUCUGGUCACUAUCUCCCGGACCUGAUGGGGGUCUUUAAUACUCUCAAAGCCAUUUAGUUUUGGACAGAGAAGGCCCUGCAGCCCAUCUGGCCAGUAGAAAUGUUCCCUGAAAGAAAGGCAUCCUGUUUGGUGAAGACAGCGGCAUUGUACCGCACUGAUGUAUGUGGUUGUUGGUGUCUGUGGCUGCAGCUACUUUGUGGUACGAGGAAUCUGUUAUGAGGUACUAGCAGACUUUUUAAGCUACAAAGAUAUAACUUCUAUUUUUGUUGUAAAGACAUAGUGAAUAAGUAAUUAAGUUAAAGCAAACCUUUCAGGGACUGUCAGUUUUUCGGAGAAGCAGGGAGAAUAACUUCUAUUAAAUCUUGCGAACUGUACUAUAUGUUAGGAUACUCCAAGCUUGUGUUAUCACAGUGAGCCUUUUGGGUUUGGUAGCUUUUCACUGUGCAAGAUGUGAAGAAUCUGCAUGAACAUACACAAGUGUUUCCCUUUACAAAACAGAAAGCAGCCCUGCUGUUUGUGCUUUUUGUAAGAGUGAGCAAUCCUCCAGACACUGGAGCUGAAUGUGAUUCUGAGGAGGCAACAACAUUGCUCUGCUCCAUUUGGAUAAUCAAUGCAUGGCUCGAAUUCCACUCCGCCACAACACACUGGCAUCCCAGUUAAUAAUCAACAGCAUUUUUUCGAAGGCUGUUUUUUUUCAUGUUAACUGGUGUUGGGCUGGGGGAGGUCAAAACCGAGUCAAUGGAGCCAUUGUCUGACCCUCAUGUCCUUGUUGGAAAGUCAGCGCUGUCCUAACUCACACAUCCCAACGUCGCUGUUGUCACAGGUUUGGAAAGAAAGAAGCAGUUUGCAGAGUUCUGGGACUCUGCAGCAGAAUGCGGUUCACUGGAGGCUUGUAAUCCUGGACAGGUCUUGAAAAAUAGUGGGAGACGUGAUUUUCUUGUCUGCCCUCGUGUACUAAACAAACUGCAGCUUAUUAUCCAGCUGCAAACAACAACUACUACUGAGUUUUAACAUUGAGCAUUUUUAAAGACAAACCUCUCUGAGAUCCAAAUGUAUAAAUAUAUGUAUGAACCCUCCACAUAGUGAAUGCAGUGUGUCAUCAGUGGGAGAGCUGAGAUGUUUGCCAAAAUGUGUAAAAAUCCCCCCACCCAUUCACAUAUUUCACUCUAAAAGUCUUGUCAGAUUAUCUUUUAUCUUGAUGUUCUCAUACGGGUUUUGAAGAGUUUUGUUCCAGAAUAAGAUCUUUAAAAAAUAUACCUAAUUUUAGAUGACAAUUUCUUACGUAAAAAUAAUGUUGUUUUUUUUUUCUUUUUUAAUAAAAAGAUUUUAUUUUAAUACUGUCAGCUAUCAUAUACUAACAAUAUUUAGAAUUACUGUUUUUGAAGUUUUGAGUGAUAAGAUUCACAUAACCUCUAUUCAUGUUUAUAUACAGUGUAGUUUUUUGGAAUGAAACCCUUCAUAAGUGUUGUUGCUGUCUGUUGAAAACCUCAAAUCUCCAUGAGGGCAACUUAUUAGGAGUAAAGCAGAUUUCAGGAUGAUGAAAGUGCAUUUUUGCAUUGAUCCUGUUGAAAUUUGAAAAAGGUUCAAGAACAUUAAUAGAUGUGGAAUUCUGUAACCCAUGAAUUGAACUUUUAGGUUGCAACAAUGACUUAUUUUUAUUCCACAAUAAUACAAUCAGUUCCUGGGGUUUUUAUUAGGUAUUCUUUAAAAACAGAAACAUAGAACUUGAACAUGACUUCUGCUGGAGAUACAUGGCUUUUUUCAGACUGUAACAAUGUUAUAGCACAGAUCACAGAUGUUCCCUCUUUGUUUAAGAAUGUGAUAUUUUCUGGUUACUAUGAAACCACGUCGUAGAUCUUCGAUGCAAUCAUAGAUAACGUUCUGGUGUUUACACUGUCUUGUGAUUGUGAUGUCUCAUGAAACCUGCACACCACCGAGGAAUCUCACAGACGACGGGGCUGAUCUGCCUGCCGUGUCCUUUUAAAACCGUCUGUGACCUUUCUCUGGUUGUUCUUUGACACAGUUAUUUUGAUAUAAAACCACUCGGUUGGAUUUAAAUCAGCUCUGAGCCAGAGGACUGGCACCGGUCACGGUCUGGUGGUUUAUUGGUAACGAGGUGAAUUUCCUGCCUUCACGUGUCAUUGAGCAAAAAUGUUGAACCACGAUCAACAUUCUGUCUGGAAACGGCUAAAUGUAAAGAUGAUGAACGGAUGUAACUGUGUCAUGCUGAUACUGAGCAGAUAAAACAAACUAAAUGAAAAUGGGACCUGAGGCUGCUUUUGUUAAACAUCUACAAAAGUGUGUUGAUGCGUCUCAAAUGUGGCUGAAGCACGUAACUGCAUGUUUUCAUCCAAGAAGCUAAACCAGAGCACAAAAGUCAGGAAUGGCUAAAUAUCUGUAAUUUACACUUUGAAGAAAAUGUAUCUUUUGUACUUUUUAUGUGAAUAUUCUUGUACCUUUCAAGGUAUGAAUAAUAACCAUUUUAUGGGGAGUUUUUACGUGCAUCUUUUCAUUUUUGGUCAGUAAGUCCAAUCUUGUAAAUGUGUUGUGUAUAUAAAUAAAAACAAUCAAUUUUGGUAGCUAAUUAGAUUGGAUGCGUGGCGACCAGUUGCUCUCCUGUGGAAGGAGGGGAGAGAAAACACGAGAGAAUAUUUCAUGAAGAAAUUUUUAUAUUGUCUGCAUACAUUGUGUGUCAUUAAACGCUUAUAAAACACUAAAA